UAUGUAGUAGAGAGAGAGAGGGGCAAGAGAGAGAGGAAAAGAGACAUGACAGCUACAAUAUUGCGAUUGUAUUGGUGAUUAAUCAAAGGCCUCGCGAAAAUGGCCGAUGGACGCGAGUCACGGGUGUUUUUCACGAAGAGCCUGUACGAGCUGAGCGUAUCCGCAGUGGCGGACAAGUUCUCAAGCUACAAGGCGUAUCUCACUUACUUGCCCGAGAACGUGCUAUUCGAUAUCUACUAUCAGUUAUACAGAGAGAAGAGAUUAUGCCUGUUGGGGGUGGAAUUAAGCGACUUGGAGACUUUCUCCAAGAUUCUCAAGGUCACCAAUCGCCGAAUACAUCUUUUGCAAACCUUUCAGGCUUUAAUGGAUCAUGGGACAAAAGUAGGAAAAGAACUGGCAAUCAAUUAUGAUGUAUGCUGCUUCCGUGUGAGGGAGAAUCCUGCUGAACAAGAUAAAAUGAUAAAUCUAGGUUUAAGACUUGGUGGAUUUCUUAGUGAUGCUGGUUGGUACGUGGAAAGUGAACAAGUAUUGUCAACUUGCAGGAAUUUGUGUAUCGCCUAUAAUCAAACCCCUCAGAAUUGGUGCAGAACGUUAGAUUGUUGUCAUAAGCUAUUACAUGCACAAGCAGCAUACUGUGCUUUCCGCGGAGCUGCAAAAACUCAUGAACUUGCCGUAGAAAUGAUAGAACAAUUAAAAAAUGUGGGAUAUUAUGAUAGUAAUCAUGCUGCACUUUUUGCAGAAUUCAGUGUACUAUUCUUCAUACGCAGUGAAUAUGAUCAAGCUUACAGAUGGAGCAUAGAAGCGUUACAAUAUUUAAACCCGUCACUUCCUGCACGAGUCAUUAUCGAUGUUCUGAGACAAGCGGCAAAAUCGUGCGUAGUGAAGCGGGAAUUUCAAAAGGCUGGCUUACUGAUCAGAGAAGCAGUAUACCUUGCGAAAGAAGUGUUUGAUACAGAUCACCCAAAGUACAGUGACGUUCUCAUUGAUUAUGGAUUCUAUUUACUGAACUAUGAUAGCAUCAUCAAUAGUGUAUCUGUCUACAAGACUGCAUUAGACAUUAGAAAAGCGAUAUUCGGCAAAACUAAUCUCCACGUUGCAUUGGCACACGAAGAUCUGGCUUAUGCUCUCUACGUGUAUGAAUAUAGUUCCGGCAAGUUUGACGAAGCAAGCGAUCACGCUGGACUAGCUAUAGAUAUCAUAGAAAAACUUUUACCUGCAAAUCAUCUAAUGCUUGCGAGUGCUAAAAGAGUGAAGGCAUUGAUUCUCGAAGAAAUCGCUAUUGAUAACGCGUCCACACCAUUGUCCGAGCAAAGCUUAUUGCUCAAGUCCGAGUGCCUCCAUUUGUCCGCUUUGCAAUUGGCGAAAACUGCAUUCGGCGAGAAAAACGUACAAACGGCGAAGCAUUAUGGAAAUUUAGGACGCUUGUAUCAAAGUAUGAGGAAGUUUCAGGAAGCGGAAGCAAUGCAUCUGAAAGCUAUUAGUAUUAAAGAAGAAUUGUUAGGUCCCGAAGAUUACGAAGUGGGUUUGAGUAUAGGGCAUUUAGCUUCGUUAUAUAAUUUCCAUAUGAAUCGUUAUAGAGACGCUGAGAAACUUUAUUAUCGUAGUAUUGCAAUCAGUUUGAAAUUGUUCGGAAAGAGUUAUAGUGGUUUGGAAUACGAUUAUCGAGGGCUCCUGCACGUGUAUAGUAAGUUGGACGAUUUUGAGAAAAUAUUGGAAUAUACAGAUACGUUGACACACUGGAAAGAACUUAGAGAUAAACAUGCUUUAUCUGAAGAUCCACCCAUCGAUCUGCAGAAACGUCCACAGCCAAUCUCAGCCAUACUCACUCUGUUCUUUUCUAUGUGAUAUACCAAUAAGUGUGUCAUUCGAAUCUUACGUCAUUGUAUGUCGUCGAGCAAGCUGUUGGUCUCUGUUACGUUCAUAAAACAUUGGGCCAAAGUAGAAAUUGUAUAACACAUUAGGAAUUUAUACAUCACUGAUCUGGUCGUACGAUUAAUGAUUGUUUGUCUCGCGUCAAUAUUUUAUAAUAUACGUACAUAAUAUCAUUUGCAUCACUAGCUAUUUUUAUCAGCUUGAUAAUUGAAUUCAAGUGACACAAUUAUUGUGAAGACACUAUAAAAGACUCGAUUUAAAUGAAGAUUACGAAUAAGUAAGGCUAUUUCAAGCCGGAGCAUACAGUGACUAAAAAGAGGAAUUAUAGAAAUUAUAUACGUCGCGAGUGCUUGAACAAGAACAUUUCUAUUGGAGUGCUGUUUGAUACAGUACUUAUGAAUUAUUAUCUGCGCUCAAAUUAGCCUUAUUUAUUUGUUAUCUUUUAAUGUUAAAAAAUUUAAGUUUAAGUUCGUUAUUUAUCUUGAUCACAUUGAUAACGCUGCGGAACGAACGUUAUAUGGGGUAAUGCUUGAGUUUAAUACUUAUGAGAGAAAUUGGAGCAUUCUGGUCGCACCUCGUAUUCGAUUAAAAAUCGUCGCGUAUCAAAAAAUAUAUUUUAAAAUAUUUUCUAUUUAUAUAUCUUAUUUUAAUAUAAAUUUUGCAAUCUGUUAGUUUUUGUUCGUAUCUAUAUUUUAUAUUUUACGAUGCACUAUUUGUUGAGGAUUUUAUUUUGAAAGAGAAAACUACCCCUCUCAGGUCUCGAUUAAAUAUUUUUCUUUAUUGUGAUCGCGCUUACCGGACGCAUUUAUAAUUUAUUUAUCAUUAUUCAUUUCAAAAUUAUAUAAAUUCUUUGGUUAUCGCUUAUUGUGUAUCUUCUAAGUAAAACAAACAUCAGCAUAUAUAUAUACACACACACAUAUAUAUAUAUAUAUGUAUAUAUAUACUGAAUGUUAAUAACGAUGUAAUUAGAAAAUUAGCUUUUAAGCCCUUAAAAU